GGACAACUUAUACUCAACAAUCAUACAAAGUUAGUGAUGUAUUUCCUUUCAAAUGGAUCAAUAAAAAGUGGAAAGAAGGCUUCUCUGUUACCUCCAUGACCGCUGCAGGCAACAGAUGGGGGAUUGUCAUGUCUCGAGAUGCAGGUUAUUCAAAUCAGGUUGUUGAACUUGACUUUCUGUAUCCCAGUGAAGGGAUUCACAGAAGAUGGGAGAAUGGAUAUCGAAUUACGUCCACUGCUGCAACAGGAGAUCAAGCUGCAUUCAUACUAAGCACGUCCAAGAGGAGAUUGCAAGAUGUGACACAAGAAACUUUACGGACAUCAGCUUUCCCAAGUACUCAUGUGAAGGUACGACUACUACUACGUAUAGCAUAUAAUUUUCACAAUUACAAGUCAUAUGAUAAUGUUGAUGAGUUGUUUUAUCUCAUACCAGGUAGUAACAGUUGCUUUAUUUUUUCUGGCAGGAUAAAUGGUCAAAGAAUUUGUAUAUUGCAUCAAUCUGCUAUGGGAGAACAGUUUCUUGAAGUCUGGGAUUUGAGAGAAUAA